ACCUGUGUUUUGAAACGUUUCGUGGUACGUAGUCGGGGUCCCAGCACACGUUGACAAUGGAUAUCUCAAGCAUGCUUGAGGUGCAAGUGGACGAAGUGAAGGAGGUGGACAGUAAAGAAAAUGUGACUCCCAGGGAGCAACUUCCAAGCACGACAAAUGUAUCAUCACCGAUUUCUCAAGAAGAAACCAACUUUUACAAACUUAUGUUUGGAAAUGACAUUUCUGUAGUAAGAUUUCGGAAAUUACAUUGCACAGCAUGUGAUGCUCAUAUUGGAUCUGCACCAGGAGAUGCUGGGAACAUGUUUGAACAUCCUGUACUGCAUACAUUAUUGUGUGCAAAAUGCCGUGACUUCUAUGGUGAUGGCACCUUUGAACAAGGUGAUGAUGCCACAGAUAUGUUUUGUAGAUGGUGUGCUAAUGGUGGCAAUUUAUAUUGCUGUUCAUACUGUAGUAAUACUUUCUGUUACAAGUGUAUUAAGCGAAACAUUGAUCCUGUAUUAAGAAAAAAGAUUGAAGCUGACGAACAGUGGAAAUGCUUUGUCUGUGAUCCUACAGACUUAUUUCCAGCAAGAGCAACUUGUCGGGCUCUGUUAGAAUCUAUUCAAAGAAUGACUAGGUUUUUAGAAAACAGUUGUAGAUUGUCGCAACAAGAAAUAGAUGACAAAAUGAAUUUAGAUGAAACGAAUUGUUGUCCACGUAGAAGGAAAAGGAAGCGCCGAAGAACUGGUUCCAACUCGGAUGACGACGACGUGUCCUAUACGCCCAGACCAGUACCUGCAACUGCACCCACAAAGAAAAAAAAGAAAGGUCGCCCUAGAAAAGUUCUCAAUGGUAGCAAUGUGUCGACUUCUGGUCAGUCAUUUAGCGGAACCGAAGAUAAUUCAAUGGAUCAUAGCGAGAUACUACCAUCCUUACUCUCGUGCGAACAAAGUAUGGUGGAAGUUGAAAAUGAAACUGUUAACACGGAUGGUACAGUUGUUUCUCAGCCGCCACAGAACUCAUUACCACCCAGAAUAGAAGCUAAUUUCAUUCAGCAACCGAUGUUUAACGCUAUCAUGAAUGCAGUUGCUUCAAACUUGUUACAGUCUACUCCUUCCGUGGUACCUAUACGUCAUGUACACAAUCCAAUGAAUCAAGUGAACUUGUUUCAGGCUGUCCAAUGUUCGCCGCCAACACCUAUGGUAACAAUACCUAACCAGAGUGCUGGCAUGUUAAACCGGUUUAUUUUACCGAAAGUACAGCCAGAGGCACCGCCUAAAACGGCGAGUUCAAAUGUUAUAGAGAUCGAAAGUGACUCGGAGGACGUAGCUGUCGUUGGCCCGUCACGUAACUCCCGUUCCUUUAAAGAUCACAUUGAUAACAAUAAAGCCGUACCUAUUGCCCUUGUGAGUUCAAAGAGUUAUAGUUUUGUUGUAAAAAAGCCAGAACUGUCAGAGAGGUGCACAGUGAAAACUCUUAACCAGAGAUUGAUCCCUCAUGGUCAGGAGAUUGAUAAUAUUAUGACGAAUUUGAGGACUAAACUUCAAAGUUUGUUCGAAAUAUCCAAGCUACAAGAAACGAAAAAGUAUGGACUAAAUGAUGCUCGUGUCACAAUAAAAAACUUUCACCGCGAGAUCCGGGAUACUGUGUCUCAAUUAGCAUGUAUUAACGACAGAAUAGUGCGUGAAUAUAAUCGAUGGAGAAGGUAUCAGUUGAAAUCAACUACCACUCCAAUAUCGGAAAGUAAUAAUUCCCAGAAGGUGAAAGAGGCAGUAAUACCCCUUGAUAUGACCUGCGUCAACGAAUCUGAUUCCGAUACCGAAAACAGUGAAUUUGAAAACAAUAUUAUACAACCGUCAGAAUUUGUUGGUACUACAAACGUGGUAGAUGGAUUAAAAUCGUUUAAGAAAAAAAUUUUUACGUCCCGUGCUGUAGGCGACGAUUGUAUUUCAUUCGUAAAUAAGACUGUACAGGUAUUUGAAGGUGAAUUGGACGACUAUGAUAAGUGUAUAAGGCAUUCUUCCACGAAGAAAUCUGAUACAAAGUCGGGAAUACAGGAACAAUUUGAAAAUUAUGAAGAACAGUUUAUUCAUUAUUUGCAAACGUGCAUAGUUUCGGAAAGUGUUGAGUCUGAAGAGUCCAAGGAUCUACCUGAUCCAAAUGAAACACCGUUAAAAGACUUGAUAGAGGCCAAUUCACCAUUCAUUUCAGAGAUGUUGGAAACCAUGGACAAAUCUGUUAUGUCCAGUGACAGUAAUGAUAUAAGAUCCUCUAAUAAAGAGGAGGAUAGUAAUUCAGAGCCACCUCUACACCAGGACGUAAAUUCUAUUACACAUCACUCUCAGGAAAAGGAGUUUGUACAAAUGGUUCCCAGCAUGAACAGUGAUUUAGGUAAAAAGGGUCUGGAAAAUGCGUCUGCACCUGUUAGUGAUGCACAGGAAAAAACUAUAUCGCAUGAAAAACGUUUUUCUACCGAUAAUCAAAUUUUUGUAGCAAAUAUACCUACGGAAGGUAGUAAAAAUACGAACACAAUUAACUGCAAUACCAUAAAUUCUGCAGGAAAUAAUGAAGACGACUGUGCUAUUAUUGAUGAUUAAAUAAUAAUUGUACUGCUUUGAAAAAUUUUAUUUAUGGUCAAGUGUAUCUGGAGAAUCGAAAGGCAGUCUACCAGCGCAUAAAUUC